AUGUUAUUAGAUAAAUGUUUAUUCAUAUUAUUCAUAAUACCCAAUAUUCUUGCCCUAGUUCAAAAACAUGAUUGGUAUUUAAAAUACAAAGAAAUUAAACCUGAUCCAAAUACUUCCAAAACAAGACGAAUAAUUUCAAUUAAUGAUCAAUGGCCACCACCAAAUUUAAACUUAAACAAAGGUGAUACUUUAAGGAUUCAAGUUCAUAAUGAAUUAGAUGAAGAUACUUCAUUACAUUUCCAUGGAAUUUUCCAAAAUGGUACUAAUGAAAUGGAUGGUCCCUCCAUGAUUACUCAAUGUCCAAUACCCAAGGGAGAAUCAUUCAUAUAUGAAUUUCAAAUUAAUCAAACUGGAACGUUUUGGUAUCAUUCACAUGAUAGAACUCAAUAUGGUGAUGGUUUACGAGGUGCAUUAAUCAUCAAAGAUCCAGAGGAGGAGAACAACUAUGAAGAUGAUGUUGUUAUAACUUUAACUGAUUGGUAUGAUGGUAUAACUAAUGAUUUAUUGAUUGCAAGUCAUGGACAUGAACCUAGUAUAAAUGAUGGAUUAUUUAAUGAUACUAAAGGGACACAAUGGAGAGUUAAACCAAAUAAACAAUAUUUAAUUAGAUUAAUUAAUAUGGGGAUGUCUGGUUCACAAUUUUUUUAUAUUGAAAAUCAUAAUUUAACUAUAGUGGAAAUUGAUGGUGUUAAAGUUAAACCUACUGAGGUAGAUUCUGUGAAUUUAGCAACUGGACAAAGAUAUGGUGUUAUUUUAAAAACCAAAGAUCAAACAAUGGAAAAUUUUGGAAUGGUUUCUGCUGUUAAUUUAAUGAUGAGGAAAAAAUAUGUUGAUAAUUGGAUUAUAUAUAAUCCUGAUGCAGAAUUACCCGUGCCAAAUCAUAUAAAUACUAAAGAAUUAGGUUAUAUUGAUGAUUUAGAGCUAAAACCAAUGGAUGAUAUUAAACUAUAUGAAAAUCCUAAACAUUCUAUAGUAUUAACUUAUUCAUCAAUAACAUUACCAAAUAGAGAUGAUGAUUAUUUUUAUACAAUAAAUUCAAAACCUUUUUUCCCACCACAAGUUCCUACAUUAAUGACAAUAAUGUCUUCAUCACCUCAUGAUGUUUUGAAAAAUCAAAUUUAUGGUAAUUUAACAAAUUCUUAUAUUUUCCAAAAAGGUGAUGUUGUUGAAGUUAUUGUCAAAUCUGAAGAUCAUAUGAGACAUCCGUUCCAUUUACAUGGUCAUAAUUUUCAAGUUUUAACAAGAGGUUCUCAUCAACAUUAUGAUAAGAGCAAAGAUUAUAAAUUUUCUGAAACCCCAAUGAUUAGAGAUACAGUUAAUGUACCAGGUUCAGGAUUUGUUAUCUUGAGAUUUAUUGCAGAUAAUCCUGGUGUUUGGUUUUUCCAUUGUCAUACAGAUUGGCAUGCAGCUCGUGGAUUAGCAUCUUUAUUUAUAGUGGCACCUGAUGUUGUUCAGAAGACUCAACAUAUAAAGGAAAGUAAUUUACAAGUCUGUAAGAAAGCAGGUAUAGUUACUAGUGGGAAUGCAGCUGGGAAUAAAGGUAUGAAUAUGACUGGUGAUUUAACUUUAGAGAUGUUGAAUAAGAAACCGAUUAAUCAAACUUUAACAAGUAUCAAUACAAAUACUACAAAUACUACGACUAACAACACAAAUAAUAAUACAAAAAAUUCAUUCAAUGAUAAAAUCAAAAUCUUGGUGAUUUAUAUAUCAUUCAUGUUAAUCUUAUCAAUGAUUGGUGGGGUUUAUGUUAAUAAAAAAAUUCAAAGAGAUUCAAGUAUCAAAAGAAGAGUACAAUCAAUACCAAUACCCAGUGAAUGA